AAGACAUAACCUAACUUUUACUGAAAAAUGUGUCAAUGAGCUCAAGUGUAAACAACAAACUUGGAAAAAUGGUUUUCCUCAAAGAUAUUCAAUAAUUUUUAUCAUUCAGGAUGUUUAAAUUUUUAUAUUCCCUCUUUUGGGGUACCGACGAAGAGGAAGCUCUAUCCCUCGAAGAAUCCUAUAAAAUUCUGCAGCUUCCAGCGGUGAAAAAGAAAGAGGAAGAAGUAAUUGAACCUUUGGAACACGAAUGUGUAUUCGACGACAAUUAUACAGUAUUGGGAAAAAAAGGGGAGAUUACGAAUGUGGAAAAUGAUCAAUUUACAAUAGAUAAUUUAUACACAUUCCAAUCAGAUUCUGUGUAUUUCCGUAAAGGUUCCAAAGUAUCGUUUAAUCUCUUCUUGGAACCGAAUGGUCAUAAAGUGACCAACGUUCAUCUGAUCGAAAACGACUGGACUGCUGAGGAAGAGACGACUUCAAAGUGGUGUUUGCGAACCUUAAUAUGUAAUGUCGAAGAUAGAUAUCAGAGAAAGCUAUUUGUUAAACCUCAUGAUAUCGAGAUAAAUCUCGAUGAAGUCGCAUCAGAUUUCGUUCCUAAAAUCGGAGAUUGGUUACAACUGGACGCAAAAUGCGAAAUAGAUGAGAAUGUCGUUGAUAUGGGGGGAAAAAUUUACGAAAUCCUUAAAAUAUCAGCGCUUAGACCGCACAUCAGAGAAUGUACCGUGACUAGCUGGGAUGCUCAACUCUGUGAAGGUACUCUUGAUAACUCAAUUUAUUUCAAUAAAGAGAGUUUAUCAGGCGCAUAUGAUCCACUGAGAAACGACAAAGUCACAGCUGAAGUAAUUGAAAGCGAUCAGAAAAGAUGCACGUUUAGGGCUAUCACAGUAAUCCCAAACUUCAUCAAAAGUAACUCUAAUUUGAAGAACGUUUUGGACAAAGUUGUUGAAAUCGAAGAUGAAUUGAAAGUGAAGGGUGUUUAUCUGAACAAGCUUCAAUGUUUGAAGUUUUCUUAUCUUAAAGAAACACGUACUUAUAAGUUCAUAAUUUGCAAUAAAUUAGAGGAAGCUGUUACAGUGAAUUGUGUGAACUUUCCAAGGCCCAGUUCCCAGUGUAAAGUGUUGAUUAACUAUGAAAAUGUUUUGAUUCCCUCCAAGGGUUCCUUAGAAGUUAGCUACGAAUGCACCAGUGCUAACAUGGGAAAAUCAAAAGAAUACCUAUUAGUAUCCACAGAUAAAGGGGACUUGAGUUGCUGGCUGGACAUAUAUGUACAACCCUCUUCUUCCACUCCGCAUGGACAAUACAAACCGAAUAGAAACAACUACACCUACCGGGAUAAAAAGAACGUAAUAAGAGGUCAGAACGUUUAUUCAGCGCCAAGGUUCAAAGCUCGUCGCAUGCCUGAUUACACCCUCUCCAAAAGGUAUCUAGAUUUGAUAACUAAACAUGGUAACAGUUUGAAGAAUCUGAAGGAACUCAAACGGGAGAUGUGUCAAAUGAAACCUUGCCUGUUGGAAGAAUUGUCUUUCAGUAAUUAUCUGGAUAAGUUGCAUUCUUUGCUCUACAUCGAGGAGGUCCAGAACAUCAUGGAUAUGAGCCAGUACGAUCAAGAACUUACUGUGUUUGUCAGGUGUGGCGAAUUUCUGGUGUGGCAGAUUGAUAACUUAUCGGAGAAAAGGCCGUCCAUAUUGGUGGGUGACAAGGUGUUCGCACACGAUCCGUACAAAAAUACUGAUGUCACCUGGGAGGGUUUCGUGCAUAAGACCGGAGCCAAGCAUGUUUAUCUCAAGUUUUCCCCAGUUUUCCAUCAAUCGUACGACAGCGAGGAUUACAGCACGCACGUCGAGGCCACUAGGACGACUAUAAAGAGGCUGCAUUUCGCCGUCGAUAUGGCAGUGAAGAACUUGGGGGUUGAUCUGUUGUUUCCUUCGAGGUUGCAGCUGAAAGAUCCCCAGGUAUCCUUCGAAAUCCCUAAAGUUACUAAAAAAAACCAGGAUAAUCUAGCACAGAAUCCAGAUACAAAUGCGCCAGGUAGCAGGAUGGAAACCCUGAAGAAGAUAAUGGAAUACAACAAGAAGAGUCCGGAAGAGAAGGAAGAGUAUAAAAACCAGAUAUUGACCCAGAGUUCCAACGACAGCAACACCUCGGACGACGACUCCAGUUCCAGAAAAAACGCGUUGCGGAGAAAAGAAGCCCUUCAGAGAUUAAUGGAAUACAAUAAAAAAUCUCCGGAGGAGAAAGAAAACUACAAGAAUCAAGUGUUGAACAGGGUUUCCUCGGAAAGAAACAGCUCGGAAGACGAUUCCGACGCCAAAUCCCAAUCCUCGGUAACUUCCGAAGAUACCAACAAGACUUCCCUCAAGAAGGACGUGUUGAAACUUCAAUGGUACAACGACAAACUCAACUAUUACCAGAGGGAAGCUGUUAAGAACAUACUGCUGGGAGAGGCGAGACCUCUUCCUUACGUCAUAUUCGGACCUCCGGGGACUGGAAAAACCGUCACGUUGGUGGAGUGCAUCCUGCAGAUCCUCAGACUGAUCCCUUCCUCCAGGAUCCUGGUAACGGCGCCGUCUAACAGCGCGGCAGAUCUCCUAGCUUUGAGGCUGAUAGAAUCCAAAGUGUUGAAACCUGGAGAUUUGGUGAGGUACAUCUCGAACAAGUACGUGCCCAACGUGCCCCCCGAGCUAGUCCCCUACGCCACCACGGGGAACAUGUCCAGAGAGGGCACGAACACGCAAGCUCCCCAGGUUCUGGAGAACGGGAUGGUCCUGGGGGCCACCAGCAAGGUCUUGGGGAGACACAGGAUAACGGUUUCCACGUGUUCGUCUGCGGGCUCUUUGUACAUGAUGGAUUUUUCGAAAGAUCACUUCAGUCACAUUUUGGUGGAUGAGGCAGGUCAAGCCAUGGAGCCGGAGGUGCUGAUCCCCCUGGUCUUCCUGAAUCCGUCUUCGGGUCAGGCCAUUCUAGCCGGGGACCCUCUGCAGUUAGGGCCGGUGAUAACGUCGCCCUUGGCCAAGGAGUUCGGCCUGCAGACCUCCUAUCUGGAACGCGUCCUGGACAGGUUUCCUUACGCCAGAGACACCGUCGGUUUUCCCUCCACCAACGGCUACGACCCCAAACUGAUCACCAAGCUGCUGUACAACUACAGGAGCAUGCCGAGCCUGUUGAAGCUCACCAGUUCGCUGUUUUACGACGACGAUCUGAUUCCGGUGCUGUCGGAGGAUAAGGGGGACAGCGAGGAGGUGAAACUGUUGGAAAAAUUGGGCUCUGUGCUCGGUAGGAACGAAAAGACUGGAAAAAUACCCAACAUCAUCUUCCACGGUAUCGUGGGACAGAAUUUGCAGACUCCCGAUUCGCCUUCUUGGUUCAACCCUAGCGAAGUAGGUCAGGUGCUGUUUUACGUCAACGCCCUGUAUAAAGCCGGCUUGAAAUGCGAAGAUAUCGGAAUUAUUUCACCCUACGUCAAACAGGUUAAGGAAAUUCGUUCUAUUCUGAGCGAGGCAGAGUUUGAAGUGCCCAAAAUAGGAAGCGUGGAAGAAUUUCAAGGGCAAGAGUUCAACGUGGUGAUACUUUCGACUGUGAGAUCGAGCGAAGAGUACAUUUCCUUCGAUAUGAAGCACAGUUUGGGCUUCAUCUCAGUGCCAAGAAGAUUGAAUGUGGCCCUUAGUAGGGCUAGGAUCCUUCUUAUCAUAAUAGGGAAUCCAAAUUUGUUGUACGAGGACCCUUAUUGGAGGACAGUUUUGAAUUAUGCUGUGGAGAACGGUAGUUUCGUGGGUUGCCCUGUGAGACUGAGGAAUUAAUCCGUCAGAAACUUAUUUUUUAUAAGUCUACUUGUUGAUCUAUGAUUCAUAGAUUGAAUUUGGUUAGAAAUUGUAAAUCUGUUUUAUCGUUCCAUAUCAUGUAAGAAUAUAAAAAAUAUCUUUCUUUUCGGUUAAAAAAGACAAAACAUACUGAGAUAUGAUUGUGAUUUUUUUUAUUUGUAAAUAUUUGACCUUUCAUUUUGUACCAAUAUAUAUUUUUCAACAA